AUGGCAGAAGCGGGAAACGUGCAGGCCGGCCUCGGGCUUCCGGGGUUAGGAGCAGCACAGUGGCCCUUGCAGCGGUAUGGCCGCUUCAUGCCCUCCGGCACAGGAGAGCUGCCUGUGCCUGACCUGGAAGCUGGGACAGCCUCUUCUCCGACUUGGAAGGUUUUUGAUUCCAAUGAAGAAUCUGGGUAUCUUGUUCUCACCAUAGUUGUCUCAGGUCAUUUGUUCAUUUCUCAAGGACAGACAUUACUGGAAGGGUUCUCACUCAUUGAUAGCAAGAACUGGUUGAAGAUUGUAAGACGCGUGGAUUGUCUGUUGUUUGGAACAACAAUAAAGAGCAAAAGCCGCAUGUUCCGGGUGCAGUUUAGUGGAGAGUCAAAGGAGCAGGCGCUGGAACACUGCUGCAGCUGUGUGCAAAGCCUGGCCCAGUACAUAACUGUCCAGGUGCCCGAUGGAAUCAUCCAGGAGCUUCGGCCAAGUCCUGGCCCACUCAGGGCAGGUGAAAGCCACGGGCAGGACUGUGCGGAGAGUGUCCCACUGCAGCACGGAUUACACCAGAGCCCAGAGCAGGGGCAGCGUAGAACACCUGGCACAAGCGCUCCAGAGGAAAGGGCCUCAGUGACACAGUUAGCUCAGUCUAUCCUGGCGUCAGAGAAGCUAUCCCUUGUCUAUGAGCAGUCUGCAUGGGAUGCUGACGAGAUAGGCCCCUUUCUACGCUUGUGCCUCAUGGAUCAGAAUUUCCCAGCAUUUGUGGAAGAGGUGGAAAAGGAACUAAAAAAGCUGACAGGGUUCAGCCGUUAAUGCUGUAUGUACAUGUGUAACUAAGGAA